AUGUGGGAGUUCCGGUCCAUGUCUUUCUGGCGGGCGGUGUUUGCCGAGUUCUAUGGCACCAUGUUCUUUGUUUUCUUCGGGCUGGGGGCAGCCCUGCGCUGGACCACCGCGCCUCUUAGUGUCCUCCAUGUAGCCUUCUGCUUUGGGCUGGCAGCUGCCACCCUCAUCCAGUCCAUUGGCCACAUCAGCGGGGGGCAUAUCAACCCGGCCGUCACCUUUGCCUACCUGAUCGGCUCCCAGAUGUCCCUGUUCCGUGCCUUCUUCUACAUCAUCGCUCAGUGCCUGGGAGCACUGGCUGGUGCUGCCGUACUCUAUGGGGUCACACCUGCCAACAUGAGGGGCAACCUGGCACUCAACACGCUUCAGCCAGGCAUCAGCCUUGGCAUGGCCACCACCAUAGAGGUCUUCCUCACCCUGCAGCUUGUUGUGUGCAUCUUCGCCGUGACAGAUGAGAGGCGCAAUGGCCGACUUGGCUCUGCUGCACUGGCCAUUGGUUUCUCUGUGCUCUUGGGUCACCUGCUGGGGAUGUAUUACACUGGAGCAGGGAUGAACCCAGCCAGGUCCUUUGCACCUGCUGUCUUGGUCAGGAAUUUCGUCAACCACUGGGUUUACUGGGUAGGACCCAUGAUUGGUGGUGCCAUGGGUGCUCUGCUGUAUGACUUCAUGCUGUUCCCCCGCAUGCGUGGCCUGUCUGAGAGGCUGGCCACACUGAAGGGCAACAGGCCUCCAGAGGCAGAGGGCCAGCAGGACACCAGGGGAGAGCCCAUCGAGCUCAAGACACAGGCCCUAUAA